AUGCCGGCCUUGACUAUCUACUUAUCCAAUUUCUGCCUCAUAUUCUUGGUCGCCUUUCUAGCCCGUCGGGUCUACUGCUGGCAACGACUUCGACACAUACCCGGACCAACCAUUGCUGGGUGGACAAUAUGGUGGCAGCUCUCGAACGCAUUGUCCGGGAGAUAUCAUGAGCGUUUAAAAGAAGCCGCCUACACCUACGGCCCUCUUGUACGCAUCGGCCCUAAGCAGCUUCUCUCUACUGAUCCUGAAGUGCUCCGUCGCAUGUCCGCAGUCCGCAGCGGCUACACCAAGGGCAGAUUCUACGCAAGCGGCAAAAUUGUCCCUGGAGUAGACAAUGUUGUCUCCCUCCGAGACCCGACAAAACAUAGAGAGAUGCGCGCCCUAAUGGCUCCUGGUUUCGCCGGCAAGGCAAACGAGGGCUUCAGCUUCGAAGCUGCCAUGGACCGCCAGCUACUCAAUUUCAUUAGUCUUCUCGAGCGCAAAUACGCUUCGUCCGGCUCAGAUGUCCGGCCGGUUGACAUGGCUGAGAAGACACAAUUCUUCGCCCUGGACGCCAUAGGCGACAUCUCUCUCGGACAGCCAUUUGGCUAUCUUGAAAAAGAUCAGGAUUUGUACCAGUACAACGAGAUCAACACAACUUCACUGCCCGUGAUGAAUGUAGUUUCCGUGAUGCCGUCUCUAGCGAACCUCGUCCACAUGUGGCCCCUGCGAUUAUUGCUACCAAAGGAAGGUGACCAAGUUGGCUUUGGUCGACUAAUGCAUUUUGCCCGAACCUAUGUAGAAACUCGACUAGACCCCAAGACGCCACGAGCUCACGACAUGAUGCAAGCCCACAUCGAUAACGGCAUGACCAAAAACGACCUCAUCCAACAAGUCUUUCUAUCCAUCAUCGCGGGCUCCAAUUCCUCCGCCCACGCCCUCCGCAUGACUCUCCUCUCCCUCAUAACCUCUCCACCAGCAUACAGCGCCCUCAUCGACGAGAUCCGCCGCGCCUCACCCACCGUCAGCUCCCCCAUCACCUGGGCGCAAACCCAGUCUCUUCCCUACCUCCAAGCCGUCAUCCGCGAAGGCCUCCGCAUGUGGCCUCCAGUCGGCGGCCUCGGCUUCAAGACCGUGCCCCCCGAGGGUGACUACCUCAACGGCUAUUUCGUCCCCGGCGGCACAGAGAUUGGCCAGGGUUUUCACGGAGUCGGACGCUCCAAAGCAGUUUGGGGCCCGGACGCCGACGUCUUUCGGCCGGAGAGAUGGCUCGCCGCUCAGGGAGAUGGACUGAAAGACAUGAUAAACGCUGUCGAUACACAUUUCGGGUACGGCAAGUACUCUUGUCUUGGAAAACUGAUUGCACUGAUGGAGUUGCACAAGGCUGUUUUUGAGGUACGUAACACUUACAUGGACAUGGUCGACUCUUUUUGA